CGUGCGCGUUGGUAGCACUGGGUAGUAUCGCGCCGCGUUUUCGCUCGCGGGUGUGCGUGCUCCGUUUUCGUGAGAUAGAAGGACGAGGGUUUUCGGUGAAGAGACGUACCGCCGAAGCUCCACCGGACCGUCGCCCAAAUACGUGCGGCACGAGGAAGUAACGAGAACCGGUGCAACAGCGGCAGUCAUGCGGCGAAAUGUCAAGAUCGCGUUGCUCCUGUCAUGCGCGUGGAUGUUCGCCUGUGUUUACUACUACCACACGUCCCGGGAUACCAAGCAGAAUGAGAACAGGGCCUUACGGCUGAAAGAACCCGCGUCUUUGGCGCUUUCCGCUGGUGGAAAUUCCGGCGGCUAUGUGGACCCAGACGGCACGGCCAUUGUAAUGUCGUCCGAGCUUCUGCCGGCGCCUACUCCGGACCCGAGAGUGACGUGGAAUUACUUCGACGAGCAGGGGUACGUGUCGAGGGGCGGCCUGCGAGCGGGCGAAGACCCGUACGCGAGGAAUAAAUUCAAUCAGGAAGCCUCCGACGGUCUCCCGAGCAAUCGUGACAUACCCGAUACUCGCAGCGCCAUGUGUAGAAUGAAACAAUGGAGACGAGAUCUUCCACCGACUUCCGUUAUAAUUACUUUCCACAAUGAGGCUCGGUCUACGCUACUCAGAACCGUCGUCAGCGUGCUGAAUAGAAGUCCCGAACAUCUCAUCAAGGAAAUUAUUCUAGUGGAUGACUUCAGUGACCACCCGGAGGACGGCGAAGAAUUAUCCCGCAUCCACAAGGUUCGCGUGAUCAGAAACGAAAAAAGGGAGGGUCUCAUGAGAUCGCGUGUGCGGGGUGCGGACGCGGCUACAGCGAGUGUAUUGACAUUUUUGGACUCGCACUGCGAAUGUAACGCCGACUGGCUCGAGCCUCUCCUGGAAAGAGUGGCUGAAGAUCCAACAAGGGUGGUAUGUCCAGUGAUCGAUGUAAUCAGCAUGGAUACUUUUCAAUAUAUUGGUGCAUCUGCUGAUCUCAGAGGUGGGUUCGAUUGGAGUUUGGUCUUUAAAUGGGAGUAUCUCAGCCAGACAGAACGUCAGGCGAGACAAAAGGACCCGACGCAAGCCAUCAGGACCCCUAUGAUUGCCGGCGGACUGUUUGUCAUCAACAAAGCGUACUUUGAGAAACUCGGCAAAUACGAUACACAAAUGGACGUUUGGGGCGGUGAAAACCUCGAAAUAUCGUUCCGCGUGUGGCAAUGCGGUGGCAGUUUGGAGAUUAUCCCUUGCUCACGUGUGGGCCAUGUAUUUCGUAAACGUCAUCCUUACUCGUUCCCCGGAGGCAGCGGAAACGUGUUUGCUCGAAACACGAGACGCGCUGCCGAAGUAUGGAUGGACGACUAUAAGCAGUUCUACUAUAACGCCGUGCCACUGGCACGAAACAUCCCCUACGGAAACAUUCAAGACAGGAUGGAACUGAAACGGAGAUUGCACUGCAAGCCCUUCAGCUGGUACCUGAAGAACGUAUACCCGGAACUAGUCAUACCUACGAGCGAGGGCGGUCCGGGAGGCUCUCUGAAGCAAGGCACCGCUUGUUUAGACAGCAUGGGUCACCUGCUCGACGGGAACGUGGGUCUCUAUCCGUGCCACGACACCGGUGGCAACCAGGAAUGGGGUCUCACGAAGGACGGUCUGAUCAAGCACCACGAUCUCUGUCUGACGCUGCCGGUGUACGCCAAGGGCACGACGCUGCUGAUGCAGAUCUGCGACGGCAGCGAGAAUCAAAAGUGGCGGCACUUGGAGGGCGGGCUGAUACGCCACUCGAGGAUCCCCGUGUGCGUGGACUCGAGAUACCACGCGCAGCGCGGCAUCACCGCGGAGAAGUGCGACUCGAACGCGGAGACGCAGAGGUGGCAUCUCUACAAUCACAAUCACUAGCUGAUAUGGUUGCGGUGAACACGCCAUUCACCCGCGAACUCUCACUUAGCGCGACGGUCGCCCCCUUCUCGGCAAGGUCGACCGGUCAGCAGCGCGUUACUUAAUUAGGAAACGACUCGCGCGCGCUACUCGACCGAUCGAUCCGGACUGCCAUCGCAGACCGGGUGUAUCUUCGUGCGAUUGUCACGGCUCUUCGCCAUCUCUCAGAUGGUAUCGGUGAAGAGUCCUUCUUGCGCCACGCUGACUCGCAAGUCCCCGAUACAGCAUGUCCUGUGAGCUUUGAAUGGGGCUGUACGUUAGACGAAAGAAAUCGAUGAAUUCUCUGACAAUGUUGCUGGAAGUAGUACCAUAAGACGGGAUAAUUUCGCGACGAGAGAAGAGGAUUUCAUUAAGACUGCCUGGUGUGUAUAUGAUAAUAAUCGAUAAGCUUCGGUUUCUCUCCUCUCAAAAUAUCGCUUUCGAUCGUUUCUUUUUUCUAAGCACUAAAAAAGACAGUAGUACAUCGUAAUAUACUUCUUUUACAGUGACGGAAGAUUAAUCUUAUCGAGAUAGAUCGUGAAGUCUCAUCAUAGAUGUAGUCAGUGUGUAAAAUUAUUUAUGAUAAAGUAAUAUAAAAUACGCGAAGAGUGAUAACGCAGAGGCCGCGUACUAAUCCGACGGUGCAAACCGAAGCUGUUUGCGAAGGCGUUUUUAUCCUUUCAAAUCAGAUUCAUGUGUUAUGAUAUAUAUAUAUAUAUUCCACAUCGGACGGUGAGCGUGCGAUCGAUUUAAACGAGCAAAAAUCAUACUGCUGCGGCGGAAGCCGUUCUUAACACUUUCAACCUCGAAGAGAAUAUCAGUCGGACGGAACAUCUCAUUUUCGAAGUUCAAGGUGUUAAAGAGUCGAGCGUGUUUGAAGUGCGUAUACGAUGGAGCAGUCACGCACUUACGGUUUAUAAUUACCAAGCUCGAGGAAUUCUCACAUUUCAUCCAGCGGUGUAUUACUUAAACAAGAUUUGUUUUAGUAUUGCGUGCAUGCGAUUAAUUCUUCAAUUUACAAUAUCGCCUGCAGAAUCUCAAAAUUUAUAUAAAUGUAAAUAUAUAUGUAUAUGCUUACUGAAGAGACUUGCAUAAAUUUUGAGAUACUGAAAUGAGAAGCUGAUAUAUUGUAACUCGAAGGGUUAAAUUGAACGAUAAUAUCGGUAAAACGAUAAUAUCAAUAAUAUCGGUUAAAUUGAUAAAACGAAAGCAUCAUUGGAGGAUGAGUAGUAAAGACGGAGCAAAAGCAAGAGUCGAACUUUCCUUUUUGCCUCAUAUGAUCAAUUAUUUACGAUCAAAUUCGGUAAGAUAAGGAAACGAAUUAAUAUUCCGAAAAUUGAAAAUAUGAUCAAAUCGAUCGGUUUUACAACGGUUUUCUGAGUUCGCGGUUUCUUUCUGUUUUAACUAUAAACCCAGAUCUAGUACAGGCCGAUAAUCAAGUCAUGUUUUUUAGUACGGGUACGUACUCGAGCGCCUAAUCGGGCGACUCACAUUGUUCUUUUUUUUUUUAUAGAUAUAUACAUAUGUAUACAUAUAUUUAUUUACGUGCAAUUUUUAAAUGAAGUUUGCCAAAGUUUUUACACUCGGCAUUACUUCAUGCGUUUUAGGUAAUUCAUAGUUUUCUUUUUUUAUCACAAACACCGGUUUGAGAUUACGCUUUUAAGCAAGUGACUGCGGAGAAGUUCUUUGCUAUUUGCACGGGAAGAGAAACAAACAUACGAGAUAACGAAAAAAUUGCAUACGCAUUUAUAUUAUGUAAUUACGAUAUAUUAUCGCUCUGCGUCGCACAAUUUAAUCACUUAAAUUUGAAAAAAAGAAUUAUGCGAACUCCUAUAUUUCGAGGGUUUUGCAAAAUGUUCUUCGAUUCUACGCAAAAGGGGAAAAAUCGCCAAUUCAAGGGGAAAAAUCAAGACGUUCGUGCCAACUUUCGAUUUACGAUCGCGAGUGGCACGACGCAAGAUGCUUCUUAUUGGCGUCGCUAUUUUUGUCGGGCCCAAAAUCACACGCAGGCAGCGUAUGUUCUUUUUAUCUGGUCUUAGUGUAUACGCGGCGCGACCUAAAAACGCGCCGGAGACUCUUCUCCACAAUCAAACGACGAGCCGCGGCGAACAAAACGCUUUUCCAUCAAAAACACGCGCUACGAAUCGCAGAAAAAGAGACUUAUUUUUGUAACUAAUCGUAUACUUACUUGGUUGUGCGAAUAGACGAAAAG